AUGGAGGGCGAAGGCAACGCCAGCUCUACAGGACCGGGGGCGAUGCCGCCAAGGCCAGUAGACACAGCCUCUGCAGCUCCACCAGCACCGCCUGCCAUGGCAUCUCAAGCCCCAGCAGCACUAACAGCCACAGCUGCUGCUCCCGCCGCGCCAGACAGCAUUCCCAGGCCUCCUCCAAAGCCGUAUGAGUCUGCUGCCGCUCCAGGAAGCAGCCCUGCCAGCGUUUCCGAGCCUUUCGUCCCGAAGCAGCCGGUUCGGGAGGACAUGGUUCGGCAGGCCGUGAGCUUCCUCUCCAACCCUAAGGUCCGGAGCUCCCCGGUUCGGUUCCGCCGAGCCUUUCUGGAGCGCAAGGGCAUGUCAGCUGAGGAGAUUGAUGAAGCCUUCAGACGCUGCCCUGACCCCUCAACAGGGUCAGAGGACGUGGAGGUGGGCGCGUCUUCCCAGCCCCUGCCUGCUGCUCGCAAGACCCCUGCUGCCACCACCGCUGCUGCUGCAGAGCCACCUGCCGCUGCCGCUCCCCCUCCUCCUGCUGCUGCUGUUGCUCCUGGUCCGCAGCAGCAGGCACAGGCGCAGCAGGCGUUUUCAUGGUCCAAGCUGGCAGUGGCUCUGGCUGUUGUGGGGGCGGGCACUGCCGGAACAGCUGCCGUUGCAAAGCGCCGAGGCAAACAGGCAGCGAAAAAGAGCAGCAAGGGGAAGAAGGCGAGCAGGCGGCAAGGGCAGGGUACUGAUCCAGACAAGCCGGAGGAGGAACGGGAGGAUGGGAAGGAGGAGGUAGAGGCAGAGGAGGAGGGGAGCAGUGACAGCAGCAGCAGCUCCAGCAGUCGCAGUGAGUCAGAGAGCGAGUCAGAGACAGGGGAUUCAGAGAGCGAAGAGGAGAGGGGGAAGGGGAGGAGGGGGAAAGGAAGGCACAGUAGAGGGAGGAAAGGGAGGAGGGGAGGCAGGAGGGGGGGAGGCAGCAAGGAUGGGUCCCAGGCGGCGUUGCUGCGGGCAUUGGAAGCCAUGACUGCAGAGGUGCAGCAGCUCAAGGCCGCCAACGCUGCUGGUGCUGCCGGUGCCGGUCCCUAUUCCGCCCAGCCGUGGCGACCGUCUAGUGCCCCCGCGCCCUCUUCCCCCUCUGCUGCUCUGGGCGCCGGUGGCAGUAGCACUGCCACUCCUGGUGCGCCUGGUGUCGGAUCAGCUAAUGCAGGGGCAUCUAAUGGCCCUCCCCAUCCCAAGUCCUUUUACGAGGUGAUGGAAAUGGUGAAGCGGGGAGAAACGCCUCCAGGAAUCAAGGACAUCAACGACAAGCCCCCCAAUCCCGAGCAGCCCCCUACAGACUCCCGCCUGACGCGCCCUCUCAAGCCAUACCCUUACGGACCUAGUCAGCCUUACACAGCCAGCCAGCCGUACCAAACCAGUGCCCCAUACACGAGCAACCAGUCGUACCAAGCCAAGCAGCCUUACCAAACCAACCAGCCAUACCAGCAGCAGCAGCAGCAGCAGCAGCAGUUUGGGCACCCGUCUGCUUACAACCAGGGUGCCAUGGGUUCAGCUUAUGGGGCUACUAACGGGGGUGACUAUAACGGAGGGAUGGGCUAUGCUGGUGUGAGUGGUGGUGCUGGUAACGGCUCUGUGGAUGAGGCUCCCUGGUCCCGCCGCCCGCCUGCCACGUCAUCAUCAGCUGCUGCUGCUGACUCAGCAGCCGCAGCUGCUGCCUCUGGAAUGUUCUCCAAUUCUCCCAGUGGAGAAGCAUCAGGGGGUGCAGCCGUGGAGACAGAAGUGGGAGCAACAGUGGGUAUCUCAGGUGGCUCAUCAGGUGUCCCAUCAGGUGUCCCAUCAGGUGUCCCAUCAGGUGUCCCAUCAGGUGGACCAUCAGGGGACGCAUCAGGUGGAGGGGGGUGGAGGCCACCAGCACUUCUGAAGCCGGUGCUGCCAGAAGCAGCCACAGCCAUCCGCCAGUGGCCUGCUGCUAGAGCACCCAACUACUGGGGCGGCGCUUCCGCCUCCUCCCCUGCUGACGCCCCCGCUGCUGAUUCCCUUGCUGCUGAUGGUACCACUGCAUGUGCUGCAGUAGAGGCUGCUGCACCGUCUGUAAUGGCUCCUCCUGCGGCUACAGCAUCAGUGAUUGAUGUUCCCCCUGGGCCUGCUUUGGUGCUGGGAGGGAUGCAAUCCAGCAAUGGCAUUGGUGAGGUGGAGGUGGGUGGGAGUGCAGCAGCAGCAUCCGACGGAGUGAAUGCAGCGCCAGAGGUGUAG